AUGGCCGUCGAGAAGGAGAAGAAGAGCUGCGGGCAGGUGAUGGCGGAGUGGAAGGAGUUCGUCUGGAACUCGCGCACGCACCAGUUCAUGGGGCGCACGGGCAGCAGCUGGGCCCUCAUCCUGCUCUUCUACCUGGUCUUCUACGGCUUCCUCACGGCGCUCUUCACGCUCACGAUGUGGGUCAUGCUGCAGACCGUGGAUCCGUUCAUCCCCAAAUACCAAGACCGUCUCUCCGUGCCAGGGAUGAUGAUCCGCCCCAAGACAGAGGCGCUGGACAUCACCUACAACGUCACCAACACGGAGUCCUGGGAGGGCUACGUUCGGAUGCUAAAUAACUUUUUGGACGCUUACAAUAAUUCCAGGCAAGUGGCCACCAACGAGCGCUGCUUGCCGGGACGCUACAACGAGCAGCCGGACAACGGGGUGCUGAACUACCCCAAGAGGGCCUGCCAGUUCAAUCGCACCGAGCUGCGGGACUGCUCGGGCCUCAACGACACUAACUACGGCUACCGGGAAGGGCGCCCCUGCAUCCUCGUCAAAAUGAACCGGGUCAUCAACUUCUACGCAGGAGCCAACCAGACCAUGAACGUCACCUGCAUGGCGAAGAGAGAGGAAGAUGCACAGAAGCUUGGAGAGAUAGAGAUGUUCCCACCCAACGGGAACAUCGACCUGAUGUACUUCCCCUACUAUGGGAAAAAAGUCCAUCUAAACUACACCCAGCCAGUCGUGGCCGUGAAGUUUCUCAACCUCACCUUCAAUUUCGACCACCACGUGGAGUGCAAGAUCAACGCAGCCAACAUCGCCACGACCGACGAGCGGGACAGGUUUGCCGGCCGCGUGGCUUUCAAGAUUCGGGUGAACAAGGACUAG